GGGCGUCGGAGGAAGCGGCCGGUGCAGCGGGGGAAGCCUCCCUACUCCUACAUCGCCCUGAUCGCCAUGGCCAUCGCCAACGCCCCCGAGCGGCGCCUGACGCUGGGAGGCAUCUACAAGUUCAUCACCGAGCGCUUCCCCUUCUACCGGGAGAACCCCAAGAAGUGGCAGAACUCCAUCCGCCACAACCUCACCCUCAACGACUGCUUCGUCAAGAUCCCCCGGGAGCCCGGGCACCCGGGCAAGGGCAACUACUGGACCCUCGACCCGGCCGCCGAGGACAUGUUCGACAACGGCUCCUUCCUCCGCCGGAGGAAGCGCUUCAAGCGCACCGACCUCACCACUUACCCGGGCUACGGACACCCUGCCAGCGCCUUCAGCCCCAACCCCGGGGGGCCCCGGGCGGCGCCCUGCCACGGAGCAGGAGGCAUCGACAGCCUCAUCAGCUCCCAGCAGCAGCAGCAGCAGCAGCAGCAGCAAGCCGAGGCUCUCGGGCAGCCAGCCUCUCUGGGCCUGGGCGGGGGCGAGCUGGGCGGCCCAGAGCCCUGCUUCCAAGGCCAGCCCCUCAGCCCCGGCUUGUUGGGCCGGCAGCCCCCCGGGAUGAGCUACCCCUACUCGGCCUCCCCUCCGGGGCCCCUGGGGAUGCCCCAGCAAGGCCCCCCCUACUCGCCCCCCAGCGCCCAGCUCUACGCCGCCCCCAACCGCAUGGCUCUCCCCGCCGCCAGGCCCUCGACGGCGGCGGCCGCCCCCUCCUGCGCCGAACACGCCGAGCAGCUCCUGGGGCUGGCCGCCUCCCAGCUCAACGGCCUCGGGCAGUUCGCCGCAGCCGCCUCCGGCAACAACGCCUACCUCAGGCCGCCCCCCAGCUUCCCCUCCGGCCUCGAAAGGUACUUGUGA